AUGGCAAGCACUGAUGAUCCGAAGAACAAGCCGUCGUCCCCUUGGUCCAUUUUUAAUUGGAAUAACAAAGCAGNNNNGGAGGUCGAGCAACCCAGAAUGAGAAGCACCCAAGAGAUCCUUACAAAAUAUAAAUUCAACGGGGAUGCUGCCGCGGCAGCGGCGCACGCGAAGGAUAAGCUCAUGGAGCGGCAGGAGAAACUCGCGAAAAUGGUCGAAGAAUCUGCAGAGUUUGAGAGCGAGGCGGAAAACUUUGCCACCCUCGGCCAGCAGGUCAGGAAAUCCCUGGAGACCAAGAGAUGGUGGUGGCCAUCGUGA